GAGGUGAAGUCUGAAGUGGAGCGAACGAGAGCGGAGCGCCGCCGGGAGACGAGAGAGCGGCGGGCGUCCCUAUCCAUCCGCCGCCGCCACCACCGUUCCAUCCCCCCGCGCCCCGACACGUUUCUACAACGUUACUGGCGAAGAGUUUCUACACGUUUCUCGCGAGGAGCACGAGUUCCAGCGAAGAGUGAGAUAAGUAGCUACCCACACCUGCGCGGCUGCGAGGAGUCGGCCCGGGCGGCACUCUUUCUCCCUUCCCACAAAGCCAGGCAAUGCCGGCGGCGCAGGGCCUCGCUCUCAAGCUCCGCGCGGCCCCGCCGGCGGCGACGGGUAGCAAGGCUCAUCGUGACCGGACGACGGUGAGGGCGGCGGCGUAUGGCGGGGCGCUGCAGCACCGCCGCUGCGGCGGUUGCAUGUCGCUGGACGUCGGGCGGUUUCUCCGCGUCGCGCCGCUCCCCGCGGCCCAGCAGCGCGCGCGGGCCUUGCCGUGGGCUGAGCGAGCGGCGCGGCGCCAUGAAAGGGUGGUGGCGUCGGCGGCGGGCGUCAGGUCGAUGUCGAAGAUACCGGAGAGGAGCAUUGGGCUCUACGACCCGUCCUUCGAGCGCGACUCCUGCGGCGUCGGUUUCAUCGCCGAGCUCUCCGGCGAGCCCAGCCGCAAAACCAUCGACGAUGCCAUCGAGAUGCUCGAGAGAAUGUCCCACCGUGGCGCCUGCGGCUGCGAGAAGAACACCGGCGAUGGUGCCGGCAUCCUUGUUGCACUGCCGCAUGCCUUUUUCAGCGAGGUAAGCAAGGACGCCGGUUUUGAGCUUCCACAGCUAGGUGAGUACGCCGUAGGGAUGUUCUUCAUGCCCACAGAUGAGAAGCGCCGUGAGAAGAGCAAGCUUGUGUUCCUUGAGAUAGCGAAGUCACUGGGCCAUGAUGUUUUUGGGUGGCGUCAGGUUCCCACUGACAACUCGGACUUGGGUAAAUCAGCACUCGACACUGAACCAGUGAUCGAACAAGUGUUUGUAUCUAAGAGCACAUACUCCAAGGCUGAUUUUGAGCAGCAGAUGUACAUCCUACGUAGACUCUCGAUCAAGUCCAUCCGCGAAGCUUUAGGUCUCCAGCGUGGAGGACCAAAGGAUUUCUAUAUGUGCUCACUUUCUUCAAGGACUGUAGUUUACAAGGGUCAGCUGAAGCCAACUCAAUUGAAGGGGUACUUCUUUGCUGACUUAGGUGACCAAAGCUUCACAAGUUACAUGGCUCUGGUACACUCAAGAUUCUCAACGAACACCUUCCCCAGCUGGGAUCGGGCACAGCCAAUGCGUGUUUUGGGACAUAACGGCGAGAUCAAUACCCUUAGAGGGAACAAGAACUGGAUGAAAGCGCGUGAAGGCCUUUUGAAGUGCAAGGGACUCGGUCUAUCAAGGGAUGAAAUGUCAAAACUUCUGCCUAUAGUGGAUGCUACCUCUUCAGAUUCAGGUGCAUUUGAUAAUGUUCUCGAGCUCCUCAUACGAUCUGGAAGAAGCUUGCCAGAGGCUGUGAUGAUGAUGAUCCCCGAGGCAUGGCACAAUGAUAUAAACAUGGACCCUGAGAGAAAAGCUUUGUAUGAAUAUUUUUCAGCCCUUAUGGAGCCUUGGGAUGGACCAGCUCUAGUAUCAUUCACCGAUGGCCGUUAUCUUGGUGCUACCCUGGAUCGUAAUGGCUUGAGGCCUGGCCGUUUUUAUGUGACAUACAGUGGCCGCGUGAUCAUGGCUAGCGAAGUUGGUGUGGUUGAUAUCCCAAAUGAGGAUGUGAUGAGAAAGGGCAGGCUAAACCCUGGUAUGAUGCUUUUAGUUGAUUUUGAGAACCAUUGCAUCGUGGAUAAUGAUGCACUGAAGAAACAGUACUCCAGAGCACACCCGUAUGGGGAGUGGCUGGACAGACAAAAGAUAGAACUUGUGGAUAUAAUAGACUCUGUACCUGAAACUGAGAGAAUUGGUCCUAGGAUUGUUGCGCUUCCACAAAAGAAUGAGAACAAGGAAGCUGUUGGUAUCCAUGGAAUUUUGGCUCCACUAAAAGCCUUUGGGUAUACAUUAGAAACCCUGGAAAUGCUGUUGCUCCCAAUGGCCAAAAGUGGAGUAGAAGCUCUAGGAUCUAUGGGAAAUGACACCCCCCUAGCCGUGAUGUCAAAUAGAGAGAAGCUGACUUAUGACUACUUCAAGCAGAUGUUUGCUCAGGUUACGAAUCCACCAAUUGACCCAAUUAGAGAAAAAAUUGUCACAUCCAUGGAGUGUAUGAUUGGUCCAGAAGGUGACUUAUCUGAAACAACAGAACAUCAGUGCCAUCGCCUGAAACUUGAAGGUCCUUUACUGCAUAUCGAUGAAGUGGAGGCUAUUAAAAAGAUGAACUUUCGUGGUUGGCGCAGCAAGGUGCUUGACAUAACUUAUCCCAAAAAGUAUGGCAGGAAGGGUUUAGAACAGACUUUGGAUAAACUUUGUGCUCAAGCGCGUGAAGCUAUUCAUGAGGGAUACACUAUUUUAGUUCUCUCUGAUAGAGGCUUCUCUCCGGAUCGUGUACCUGUCAGUCCCCUACUGGCAGUUGGAGCUGUUCAUCAACAUCUUGUCUCAAAUCUUGAGAGGACACGCAUAGGUUUGCUUGUCGAUUCCGCUGAACCUCGUGAAGUGCACCAUUUCUGUACCCUUAUUGGGUUUGGUGCAGAUGCCAUAUGCCCUUAUUUGGCUAUAGAAGCCAUAUGCUGGUUACAGAUUGAGGGGAAGAUAGCUGCUAAAGAUGAUGGGCAGCCGUAUCCGCAAGAAGAACUUAUUAACAAGUAUUUCUACGCUUCUAACUAUGGAAUAAUGAAGGUUCUUGCAAAGAUGGGGAUAUCCACCCUGGCAUCGUACAAAGGUGCUCAGAUUUUUGAGGCUCUUGGGCUUGCUUCAGAAGUUGCCAGCAAGUGUUUUGAAGGCACCCCUAAUAGAGUGGAGGGUGCAACAUUUGAAAUGCUUGCGCAAGAUGCACUUGAUCUCCAUGAGUUGGCGUUCCCAUCAAGAACUUUACCACCUGGAAGUGCAGACGCAAACGCUCUUCCCAACCCUGGGGAUUACCACUGGAAGAAAAAUGGAGAAGUACACCUUAACGAUCCAUUUUCCAUUGCAAAAUUACAAGAAGCAGCUAGACUUGACAGCAGGGAAGCAUACAAAGAAUAUUCUAGACGUACUCAGGAGCUGAAUAAGUCCUGUACUCUGCGUGGUAUGCUGAAGUUUAGAGAAAUUCCAGUCAGGAUUCCCUUGGACGAGGUUGAACCUGCAAGUGAGAUAGUGAAGCGAUUUUGUACUGGAGCAAUGAGUUAUGGAUCCAUUUCCUGGGAAGCUCACACAACCCUUGCCAAGGCUCUAAACAUUAUGAGAGGAAAAUCUAAUACAGGCGAGGGAGGGGAACAACCAUCUCGCAUGGAGCCUCUUCCUGAUGGUUCGAUGAAUCCGAUGAUGAGUGCAAUCAAGCAGGUUGCAAGUGGAAGAUUUGGAGUUUCUAUCUAUUAUCUGACAAAUUCUAUUGAGCUUCAGAUAAAAAUGGCUCAGGGUGCUAAACCUGGUGAAGGUGGCGAGCUCCCAGGUCACAAGGUUAUCGGUGACAUUGCAGUUACAAGACAUUCUACAGCUGGGGUGGGACUCAUUAGCCCACCUCCUCAUCAUGAUAUAUAUUCCAUUGAAGAUCUUGCACAACUGAUCUAUGACCUUAAGAAUUCAAACCCAGGGGCCAGAAUCAGUGUCAAACUAGUCUCUGAGGCUGGUGUAGGAGUUGUCGCUAGUGGUGUUGUGAAAGGGCAUGCAGACCAUGUUCUUAUCUCUGGGCAUGAUGGAGGCACAGGAGCUUCUAGAUGGACAGGAAUUAAAAAUGCUGGACUUCCUUGGGAGCUUGGAUUAGCUGAGACACAUCAGACUCUAGUGGCACAUGGGCUUCGUGGGCGAGCUGUUCUUCAGACAGAUGGACAAUUGAAAGUUGGUAGAGAUGUUGUCAUUGCUUGUUUACUUGGGGCCGAGGAAUUUGGAUUUAGCACAGCCCCACUAAUUGUACUUGGUUGCAUUAUGAUGAGGAAGUGUCAUACUAACACUUGUCCUGUUGGUAUUGCUACACAAGAUCCAGUGCUCAGAGAAAAGUUUGCAGGAAAGCCAGAGCAUAUCAUAAACUUCUUCUUCAUGCUUGCCGAGGAGGUACGAGAAAUCAUGUCUCAGCUUGGUUUCCGCACCAUCAAUGAAAUGGUUGGGCGAUCAGAUAUGCUUGAGGUUGAUUUAGAUGUACUGAAAGGCAAUGAGAAACUUCAGAACAUUGAUCUCUCACUGAUUCUGAAACCAGCUGCUGAGAUUAGCCCUGAGGCUGUUCAGUAUUGCGUUGAGAAACAAGAUCAUGGCCUUGAUAUGGCAUUAGAUAACAAACUCAUAGCCUCCUCAAGAGCUGCCCUUGAAAAAGGCUUUCGUGUUUUCACUGAGACACCAGUCAGGAACACUAAUCGAGCUGUUGGCACCAUGCUCAGCCAUGAAGUGACUAAGCUGUAUCGUAUGGCUGGACUGCCUCCAGAUACCAUCCAUGUUAAACUCAAUGGGAGUGCUGGCCAAAGUUUUGGUGCUUUUCUCUGUCCUGGAAUCACUCUCGAGCUUGAAGGAGACAGCAAUGAUUAUGUUGGUAAAGGAUUAUCUGGCGGGAAGAUUGUUGUGUACCCACACAGAAACAGUCAAUUUAUCCCGCAGGAAAAUAUUGUGAUUGGCAAUGUGGCUCUAUAUGGUUCUACCAAGGGAGAAGCAUAUUUUAAUGGUAUGGCAGCAGAAAGAUUCUGUGUGCGCAAUUCAGGUGCUCAAGCAGUAGUUGAAGGAAUCGGCGAUCAUGGAUGUGAGUACAUGACAGGAGGCACAGUCGUUAUUCUGGGAAAAACUGGUAGAAACUUUGCUGCUGGUAUGAGUGGGGGUAUUGCUUAUGUUUAUGAUGUGGACGGGAUGUUCAGUACACGUUGCAAUCAUGAGUUAGUUGACCUGUAUAGUGUAGUCGAAGAGGAUGACAUUGUAACACUGAGGAUGAUGAUAGAACAGCAUCGACUCAACACAGGAAGUGUUCUGGCCAAAGAUAUACUCUCUAAUUUUGAGGAUCUUCUUCCAAAAUUUGUAAAGGUAUUUCCAAGAGAUUACAAGCGGGUUUUGGAGAAUAUGAAGGUUGAAAAGGUUGCCAAAGAAGCAGAGCAAAAGGCGAGAAAAGCAGGUUUGGGUAAGAAGGCAGGUGAAGUAAUUAAGGCUUCAAAUGGCAUUUCAGUAAUUAUGAAGAAAGUGAAGGACAAAACGUCAUCUAGCCGACCAACACAAGUUUCCAAUGCUGAAAAGCCUCGAGGUUUUGUAACAUAUGAGAGAGAGGGGAUUUCUUAUAGAGAUGUAAAUGAGCGUGUUGAGGAUUGGAAUGAAGUUACAAAUGAAUUGGUUCCUGGGCCACUACUAAACACACAAUCUGCUCGGUGCAUGAGCUGUAGCACUCCUUUCUGUCAUCAGGAAAAUUUUGGCGCCGGCUGUCCACUUGGAAAUAAGAUUCCUGAAUUCAAUGAAUUAGUUUAUCAAAACAGAUGGCAUGAAGCCUUGUACCGCCUACUUGAGACCAACAACUUCCCUGAGUUCACUGGACGAGUUUGCCCUGCUCCUUGUGAGGCCUCAUGCGUGCUUGGAAUUAUAGAGAAUCCAGUAUCUAUAAAAAGCAUAGAGUGUGCCAUCAUAGACAAAGGCUUCAAAGAAGGGUGGAUGGUACCGCGCCCUCCACUUCAGAGAACAGGAAAGAGAGUUGCUAUUGUUGGAAGCGGACCAGCUGGUUUAGCUGCUGCAGAUCAACUGAACAAGAUGGGCCAUCUUGUAACUGUGUUUGAACGUGCGGACCGCAUUGGAGGCUUGAUGAUGUAUGGGGUUCCAAACAUGAAAGCUGACAAAGCUGGCAUCGUUCAGCGCCGUGUUAAUUUGAUGGCUGAGGAGGGGAUUACAUUCAUUGUUAAUGCCCAUGUUGGAACUGAUCCUCGGUACUCUAUUGAGCGGCUCCGAUCUGAAAGUGAUGCGGUAAUUUUGGCUUGUGGAGCUACAAGGCCAAGAGAUCUCCCUAUUCCUGGACGUGAACUGUCAGGCAUCCAUUUUGCUAUGGAUUUUCUUCAUGCCAAUACCAAAAGUUUGCUUGACAGCAACUUAGAGGAUGGUAAGUACAUAUCAGCUAGAGGGAGAAAGGUGGCUGUAAUUGGAGGUGGAGACACAGGCACAGAUUGUAUUGGGACAUCCAUUAGGCAUGGUUGCAGCAACCUCGUAAAUCUUGAACUUCUACCAGAACCACCAAGAGAGAGGGCUCCUGACAAUCCGUGGCCACAGUACCUGAGGAUCUUCCGAAUUGAUUAUGGGCACCAAGAAGCAGCUAGCAAGUUUGGAAAAGAUCCAAGAAAUUACCAAAUCCUCACCAAACGUUUUAUCGGAGACAAAAAUGGAAAAGUGACAGCCCUUGAGGUAGUACGUGUUGAAUGGGGCAAAGUGAAUGGAAGAUUUCAAUUCAAGGAAAUUGAAGGUUCGCAAGAAAUAAUUGAGGCAGAUCUUGUCCUCUUAGCUAUGGGAUUCUUGGGUCCUGAAGCAGAUAUUGCCAAGAAACUGGGUUUAGAGCAAGACGAGCGAUCAAACUUCAAGGCUCAGUUUGGAAACUUUGCAACAAAUGUGGAGGGCGUGUUUGCUGCUGGAGACUGCAGGCGUGGGCAAUCACUAGUUGUUUGGGCAAUUGCAGAGGGGAGGGAAGCUGCAGCAGCUGUUGACAAGUACCUGUCAAGAGAGAAAACGAAUGCUGCUGAGGAAGUUGCUGCCCCAAGUCCAAGUGAAGGUCUGGUUCAACCCGUCGCCGCAUAAGCAAAAAAAGCGUUUCUGUAACUUUUUUUUUUAGAUAUGUGUUUCCAUUUCUGUGCUGAGAAAACAAAUUGCGUUUUAUAGAUGUAAAAACAAUAAAGAAAGGGCUCGUUAAGUAGCAUAGAUAAAUGAGGACCGUGUGUCAUAUAUUAGGUAUUAGGUUGACAGCACUAGGAAAUUCUUUUUGGUGCAUAUAUGUUGUUCUUUCCUGCUUAAUCUUGUGAAGAAAUACCGGGUUUGCAGGUGUAGAGUCAAUGUAUAUCUUAUUGAUGCAAAAACUGUAACAAUUGUUUAUGAAACUGUAGUUCUCUAUGUAUC